AUGCUGCUGAAAUUUUUUCUGAGUGCCCUUGUCAGUCACCUAACAGCUGCAUAUGCUCCUGAACUACAGUACAUCCUGAUGGUGCCAUCAGUGCUGCAGAGCAGCUCUCCGGAUCAGGCCUGCCUGCAGCUCUACAACCUCAAUGAAUCGGUGUCUGUGAGUGUCGUCCUGGAGUACAGCGGUUCCAACACCACUAUUUUUGAGCAGCCUGUGAGAGGAAAUUACUUCUUCCAGUGCAUCAGAUUCAUGGCUCCUCGUGCCACCUUUUCCCCCUUGGCUUUCAUCACUUUCUCUGCCAAAGGGGCCACAGUCAGGCUGACAGAGAGGAGGUCGGUGGCGAUUCAGAAUGUGGACAGCGUUGUCUUUGUCCAGACAGACAAACCCAUCUACAAGCCAGGACAAACAGUGCUGUUUCGAGUUGUCGCUCUCGAUACCCAUUUUAGGCCUGUUCAGGAGACGUAUCCCUUGAUCACCAUUCAGGAUCCUCAGGGCAAUCGGAUCUUCCAGUGGCUGAAUGUGACAUCUCAGGUGGCCAUCGUCCAGCUCACGUUCGAGUUAAUCAAAGAGCCAAUGCUGGGCAACUACCAAAUCAAUGUGGAAAAGAAAUCGGGAUCUAGCACUCGUCACUCAUUCUUUGUGGAGGAACAUGUGCUACCAAAGUUUGAAGUUAUGGUCCAUGCACCAAAAAGUGUCUCAGUCCUGAAUCCUGAUUUGACAGUGAAAGUUUGUGGUGUGUACACCUAUGGCCAGCCUGUCGAGGGGAGAGUCCAGCUCAGUGUGUGCAGGGAUUUCAGUUUGUAUGGAAACUGCAAGAGAGACCCACUUUGUCAGUCUGUUACCAAAGACAUGGGGAAGGAUGGCUGCAUCUCCCAGGUCUUCAGUUCCAAGAUCUUUGAGCUCAAUCGCUCUGGGUACCAGAUGAACUUUGAUGUGAAAGCAAUCGUGACAGAGAAAGGAACAGGUGUGCAGCUCACAGGCUCUGCCUACAUUUCCAUAACCCAGGUGCUGGGCAGUGUGCGGUUUGAGAACAUGGAUCAAUCCUACAAAAGGGGAAUUCCUUACUUUGGACAGGUCAAACUGGUAAAUGAGGAUGACUCACCCAUCGCAAAUGAGGUUGUCCAGCUGCUCCUCAAUGACAAGAAUGUGGGCAACUACACCACAGAUGCGAAUGGCACCGUUCAGUUUUCAAUUGACACUUCUGAAAUGUUCAAUCCUCAAUUUACCCUGAGAGCGAUCUAUAAAACCAACGACAACUGCAAUGUAGUUGGUUGGUUGAUACCUUACUAUCCUGAGGCCUAUUACUCUGUCCAGCGCUUCUACUCCCGGACUAACAGCUUUGUGAAGAUCAAGUUGGAGCCAGAGGAGUUGAGCUGUGGCCAGCAGAGGUCAAUCACAGUGCACUAUGUCCUGAACAAAUACGGGGACGGGAAGAUCACCAGUGUGAAAUUCUACUAUGUGGUGAUGGCGAAGGGCAAGAUUGUCCUCAGUGGCAAACAGCAUGUCAACACCAGUGGUGCAUCUCUAAAAGGCACUUUCUCCAUCCCACUCACUGUCAGUGAGAAGCUGGCUCCUGCUGCCCGGAUGCUGGUCUACACCGUGCACCCUGCCAGGGAGCUAGUAGCCGACAGUGCCAGAUUCCAGAUUGAGAAAUGCUUCAAGAACAAGGUCCAGCUGCAGUUCUCCAAGAAGCAGGGGCUCCCAGCCUCUAAUGUCAGCCUCCACCUUGAAGCUUCAGCCAACUCCCACUGUGCUCUGCGGGCUGUGGAUGAGAGCGUGCUGCUCUUGAGGCCUGAGCGAGAGCUGUCUGCUGAGACUGUGUACAACCUACUUCCCUUGCAAGAGUUAUAUGGUUAUUACUUCAGCGGGCUGAACCUGGAAGAUGACAGCAAAGAGCCAUGUGUCCCGGCUGACAACAUCUUUCACAAUGGCUUGUAUUACAUGCCUGUGUCCUCUGACUUCGGCCCAGAUGUCUAUCAAUAUUUCAAGGAGAUGGGCAUGAAGGUUUUUACCAACUCUCGGCUGCGGCAGCCCGUGGUGUGUGGAAGUGUCAGACCAAGCCCUGAUUUCUUUGGCCGUCCUGGCUUUGGUGGGAGUUUGUCCACAACUAUGGCUACU